UGCAACUUAAUCAUGAAGACUUACACUUUGUCAAUCUAACAUAUUGUAGAUUUCUGCUAAUGAAGUCCCAGAGUUGUCAAACUGAUUGAAAUUCAUUGGGUCAACUUAUAAAUCGAAUUUUGUCUCAAAUUUCACAGCAAUCUCACUGAGACCUUGAGGACGAUGGACCUUUCGGUUCUCUCACCCUUCUUACCUAGACAACCAAAUCAUUUUGCCAAUUUCCUGGACAAGGCCCUUGGUGUUCAAUGAUUCCAGCGCAGGGAAAUAUCUGAGUUCGACUCUGUGUUCUUUUAUGGUCUCUGGAGAUGUUUGCACUCUGAAACUCUCCUCAUCUUUGAGAUGAACUGGCGGUGGGGUUGAACAGAGGGAAGCCUGGGCCCCAGGUUCUCCUAUCAGCAUGCAGAGCAAACGCCAGAAUGCGACGUCAGUCUAUGCAAGACUUUAAAAUUAAGAGUUUGUUGAAAGGUCUGGCCAUGUUCUAUUUCAUCUAGUUGAAGACAGGCUGAUUAGGCAUUAGAUGCUGACUUUUUAAUGGUGGAAGGGGUAUGUUUUCAACUUGAAAUGAUAGGAAAGACACUCUCGGAUGUAGAUACAGGGUAUUGUAACUCUAAUUUCUAUGAUUUGUUAUCAACAGAACAACUUAAAAAUAUGUAUAAUUUGAUGUGCUGUUUGGUGUGCAGUUCAUAUAUGCUGUUGUCUCGAUUAUACUGUUGUUGUUGUCUGAAGUGUAAUUAAGCUUUUCCUUCACUCCUCGUGACACUGGUCAGCACACUGUAAUAAGGCUGGCAUAGACAGCAGUGGGGUUGCACUCUGACAUGAAAACAAACACCACAUCCUGUUCAGAUGGAGAUUAGCACAGAUGGAGAAAGCAGCCUCCAAAAUUAUAGGAUCAAAGUUGUGAAGCCAACAAGAGAAGAGAGCACUCCUGUGAAAUCACAAUUCAUAUUAUGACUUCAUAACCAUGUUUCCAAUGAUUCCAAUCCAUGGAAUGUUUCUCAAAAAGCUUUCGUGACUUUAGGCUUCUCAUUAUCGCAAGUGACUCCGGUUCCUCAGCUUCCUGAGUGAUGUUCAUCUGUAUUAAACAUGGAGGUAAGGCCAAAGUUAUAAAAUGCAUUCCGCUAGUGUCACAUUUGAUGUUUGCAGUGUUAGAAACUGUAUUUCACACAACUUCUUUAUUCUCAUCCUAUCUCCUCACAGACAAUGAGCAGUUUCUGGCCAACACCAACUGCCCCGUGGUUCUCCUGCUGCAGUACAUGAGAGCUAAGAUGGGCCUGCCGGAGACAGAGCUGGUGGAUCUGUGUGAUGACCGUGGGGCUCUGAAGCUUCUCUUUCUGUCCCAGCAGCCUCAGGAGUGUGCCAGCCGACUACUGCCUCCCCGCUGCUCCCUCACAUUCUGCAUUGUUAAUCGAAACCCAAAGGAUGGUGCCUAUAUUUCUAUCACCCCCUUAGUGGCCAACCCAGACCCUGCAUUUCUGGAGACUCUGCAGACUCAGACUGACAGCCUGGAGAGGGCUCGUCUCAGACAGCUCCGCUCUCAGGAGGACCGCAGAGCCAUGGAGGCGCCCUCUCAGACCCAACCCACACAAACCGCUAAGGGCCGGGGCCGUGCGGUACAUAUGGACACCCCUGAUGAUGAACCCUCCAAUCGCCGAACUGGAGGCAGGAGGAGCAGGAACUGAAAGAACCUAUCAAUUUUACAAUAAUUGAUGUGCAUAUAAAUUUUGAAAUGUAAUAAAGUGGACACUGAAUCUA